CAAACAUAUGCUAUGCUCGGCUACAAUUAAUCUUGGGGAAAUGUCAGUAAGGGCCUCCUCUCAGCCACACGUGGGUACAAAAUGCCAUCCACAUCUUUCCAUGGAAUAGUACGUCCUUGUGUAACUGCAAUCCUUAUACUGGGUUGUUUUGGGAUUUUAUGUUUUGCUUAUUUCAAGAUGCCCACUACCUGGCUGUCAAGUCAAGUGAAAUUAAAAGCACCUGCACCAAUGGUGAAAAACUUUGGUUCAAAAAAAGAGCAAAACCAGACUGUUAUACUAAUCUGGAUGUGGCCAUUUGGCAGUGCCUUUGCCCUGACCUCCUGUAGUGCCCUGCUUAACAUUGAUGGCUGUCACCUAACAUCAGACAGAAAUAUGCUAAGCAUUUCGCAUGGGGUUAUUUUCCAUCACAGAGACAUUCGCUCAGAUUUAUCAAACCUGCCACCACCACAGCGCCCAAUAUUCCAAAAAUGGGUGUGGAUGAAUAUUGAAUCACCCACAAAUUCGGGAAAGAUUCCCGGUCUUAAUAGCCUGUUCAAUUUGACUUUGAAUUACAGGCAGGAUGCUGAUAUUCCAGUGCGUUAUGUGACCAUUGUUCAAACUCAGGAGAAUAACUUCAAAAUACCAAGCAAAGACAAGUUAGUGUGCUGGAUUGUGAGCAAUUGGAACCCAAGUUACAAAAGAGUGGCGUACUAUAAUGCGUUGAAGCAACUCAUUGAUAUACAUGUCUAUGGACGGGCCUUCGGGAAACCAGUCAGCAACCAAGACUUUGAUCCCACAAUUGCCAGCUGUAAAUUCUAUCUGUCAUUUGAGAACUCAAUCCACAAAGACUACAUCACUGAAAAACUGUACAACCCACUUUUUGUGGGCACUGUGCCAAUUGUUCUUGGGCCAUCAAGACAGAACUAUGAGAACUUUGUCCCAGGUGAUGCCUUUAUACAUGUAGAUGAUUUUCCCUCCCCCAAAGAGCUGGCUGACCACAUCCUGAUCUUAGACAAGAACGAAGACCAGUACCAUCGAUACUUUGAAUGGCGUAGACACUUCAAAGUAGACAAGACAGGAGCAUUUAUCAUAGGCACAUGUCUUGCCUGUAAUUAUAUUAGGACACACCGCAACGAAUACAAGGUUAUCAAUAACCUUAACACAUGGUACUGGGGAUGAUUUUAAAAAAGCGUAGUGAAGGACCUCAUCUUUUUUUUUUUUCUUCAUAAUUU